AUGCCUCGUUCGUGCGGGCCUCCAGCCAGAGACCGUGUUGGUAACUUGCUUUAUGGCGGGGAUCUGUACAAGGGCUUUCUGGAUCUCGAUCUUGCCUUGACAGACGCCCCGACCCCGAAUUUUCACUUGUCAAUUGGAGUUGCCCCAUUCGAGAACCAAGCCUGGACAUUGCGAACCUACGCUGCGACUGUUUUAGUAGCCAUGCCAACCGUCAUGUGCCGGCUCGCGGACUACUUGAUCGAGCACGAACAACAUGUUUCUAGCGUUCGGCUUCUGCUCAGGGACCAGAAGCUUCUCCUAAAUAGGGCAUCUCCUUCCGCUCUAAUCUCACCCGUUCAAUACGAAUCUUUUGAUGGGGGCCUCAUGGAUUUCUUGACGCUCCACCUGGUGGCAUUGAUCAAGAUCCCACAUAUUACACGGUGA